CAUGUUCAUAACUUCAUAUGAUACAAGAACUUCUAAGCUUGAUUUCGAUCUUUAUUUUCAUUAGUUUAAUUUCCAGUGAGAUUGAAAUCCGUAUAUUCUAACAACGAGUUGCAGCAUCUUUUAGCAACAUCAAUAAUGUCAACCACUAAAUUUCCAUCUCUUAUAUUUUCUUUGGUGAUGGUAACUGCCCUCUUUCUUAUGCCUAUAAUUUCAGGACAGAUGGUGCCAUGUCUACCCGGGGAAUGUACAAACUCAUCAGUAUGCAAUUCAGCUUGCAAAUCUAAAGGAUACAGAGGAGGGGUUUGUGUAAAGAUGGAUCUUGGCGCAAAGAGCGGUGCUUGUUGCUGCAGACGUAAUUUUGAAUCUCAAGAUUCUUCCAUGUCUUAUGAUGCUAAUGCCCUCAUUCCUAACUAAUUCAUUAUUUUAUAGAUAUGUAAUUUUUAUUAUAUGAAUAAAAACAUAUAAUCAAAUAUAUAUGCUUGAAUA